GAAUAAAUUGUCUUUAUGACAUCUAACAUUACCAAAAAAAAGUCAAAAAGAACGUAGUCCAUAGGUAUUAGUCGGGUUAAUUCGCAGACUAGUAUACUAUCCGGCGGCGUCAAUUAUCCAUCGGGCGACGUACGUAUCUCUUUCUCGGGCGAAAUCCAUCUUUAUUACGGGUAAGCAAGAGAGAAAUUCUUCCUUCUUGAUAGCAUAUCUGCUUUGGGAGUUGGAAUCGGUGUAAGUUUGGUGGGUUUUGAUGGCUCUGAAAUUUCUAAAUAAGAAGGGAUGGCACACGGGGAGUCUUCGGAACAUUGAAAAUGUAUGGAAGGCAGAGCAGAAGCAUGAAGCCGAACAGAAGAAGUUGGAGGAGCUCCGCAAGCAGAUCCAGGAGGAGCGUGAGCGCAGUGAGUUCCGCCAACUCCAGGAACAAGCCGGCUUAGUUCCCAGGCAAGAGAGGCUGGAAUUUCUUUAUGAUUCUGGAUUAGCUGUUGGAAAAGGAAGUUCUAGUGGGUUUGAAUCUUUGUCCAAGCCGACUGAACCUGUAACAACUGCUGUAACAACUGCUGAACCCAGUUCUUCUUCCAAGCCGCAAGCAUCUGUGCCAGGAGCUCUGUUUGAGGACAAGCCACAGUCUUCCAAUGAUGCUUGGAGGAAACUCCAUUCUGAUCCCUUGCUUAUGAUUCGUCAGCGAGAGCAAGAAGCCCUUGCACGUGUGAAGAACAACCCUGUCCAGAUGGCCAUGAUUCGCAAAUCUGUUGAAACAAUGAAAAAUAAGGAUAAGAUACAUGAUGACAAAGAGAAGGAUAAACGCAGACAUAAACACCGAGACAAGAAAUCAAAGCAUCGCCACUCGAAGUCAAAGCAUUUGAGGAAUUCUUCACCUAGACAAACCUCUGAUCCAGAUGAAUACUCGAGUGAAGAUGAUUCCAGGAGACAGAAAGAGUCUCGCAAGGACAAGAAGUUUAAUGAGGAGAAACAUUCUCGCUUACAAGAUCCUGAAGGAGACCAUGACAGGGAAAAAACUAAGAUUAGGCAUGAUAAACUUGAAGCUGAGAAAUAUGAGAGGCAAAGAAGAUCUGAUCCACCUAGGCAUGAAUCCCAUCAUAACUCUCGUGGGCAUACAGGAUCUGAUGCUCCAAGGCACGAAUCGCGUCAUAACUCUCGCAAGCCUGUUAGGCUUUCUGAAGAAGAGAGAGCUGCCCGUCUACAGGAAAUGCAGAGAGAUGCUGAGGUGCAUGAAGAGCAAAGAUGGAAAAGACUUAAGAAGGCAGACGAAAAAGACGCUAAGGAAGCCGUACAUGCUGGCUCAUCUGGUGGUAGGAAUUUUCUGGACGCUGCUCAAAGAAGCGUUUAUGGUGCUGGGAAGGGAGGAAGUUCCACAAUUGAGGAAAGUGUUCGUCGCCGAACACAUUAUUCGCAAAGAGGAGAAGCUUCAGAAGGCAAUGCUUUUCGGCGAUAAAACGGUGGACAAAUUAAUAAACUUCCUGCAGAGUUUUUCCAUAAUGAAUCACUUCAUGUAGUCCAAAUGUAUUUCAUUGUGAUCAUGCUUUUAUCUGUUAUCAUACUGAACGAUAAUUCUGGGAUAAAUGUCAGUUUAAAUGUGCUGGUUUUUAUCUUACCACAAAUACACUUGGUGUAACUGAAAUCAUGAAAUUGUUCUGUGCAAAAAAAUGUUUUUAA